AUGCACUAUGCCUUUUGGAAAAUUGGAGGAUACGGUACAUUUCAGGGUGAAUGGCAAUCAUUGAAUGAUUAUGAUGGCAACAAGGCUAAUAUUGUUCCCGAUCGUGCCCGAAAGUAUUGGCAAGGAGUAAGGGAUGGAACCAUCAAGGUACCCCACUAUCGACCAACAAAAUCGCUUGUUGGCGUUGGAGGAAACAUUGGCGUUGGAUAA